GCGAAAGGAGGUUUUUAUUCCUGGGCAAAUAAACUCUGCAGAACUCUUGUUUCCCGGAACCGGAUACUUGCUUCCCGGCGGAGUUUGGAGAGCGAACACCCCGGGGCAAGAUGGCGGUCGGUCUUUGGCCGUUGCCCCGGGCUUGGCAGAACUCGGGGAUAUUGGGCUGAGGCGGUAGUUUGUGCAGGUUUGCAAACAUGUUCACUGUAUCUCAGACCUCGAGAGCAUGGUUUAUCGACAGAACCCGGCAGGCACGAGAAGAAAGGCUGGUUCAGAAGGAGCGGGAGCGCGCCGCCGUGGAGAUUCAGGCUUAUGUCCGGAGUUUCCUGUGUCGGCGUCAACUGCAUAGAGACAUCAGGAGAGAGAUUGAUGAAUUUUUAAAAGGCGAUGACUCAGGGUCCAAUAAAGGAAGUGCGCUUUGUAUUUUUAAGACUACUAGGAAACUGCUGUUCUUAUUCAGGAUUAAAGAGGAUAAUGAGAGAUUUGAGAAGUUGUGUCGUUGCAUCUUGAGCAGCAUGGAUGCCGAGAAUGAACCUAAGGUGUGGUAUGUGUCCCUGGCUCUUUCCAAGGAUCUUACUCUCCUGUGGAUUAAACAGAUCAAGUCUAUUCUGUGGUAUUGCUGUGAGUUUCUUGAGCAGCUCAAGCCUGAAAUCCUACAAGACUCCAAACUCAUCACACUCUACUUGACCAUGCUUGUCACCUUCACAGACACUUCCACAUGGAAAAUUCUCCGAGGAAAAGGUGAGAGCCUUCGACUUGCCAUGAACCACAUUUGUGCAAAUAUAAUGGGACAUCUCAACCAGUGUGGGUUUUAUUCUGUGUUGCGGGUAUUGUUGACCCGAGGCCUGGCCAGAUCCCGGCCUUGUCUGUCCAAAGGCACUUUAACAGCAGCCUUUUCUCUAGCAUUGCGCCCUGUGAUUGCUGCACAAUUUUCAGACAAUCUGAUUCGGCCAUUCCUCAUCCACAUCAUGUCUGUGCCUGCUCUCGUGACUCAUCUCAGUACAGUGACCCCUGAGCGUCUCACUGUUUUAGAAUCUCAUGACAUGCUUCGUAAAUUCAUCAUAUUUUUAAGAGAUGAAGAUCGAUGCCAUGACAUAUGUGAAAAUUUAGAAGGAUGCCAUACACUCUGUCUAAUGGGCAACAUCCUACAGUUGGGCUCCCUCAGCCCCCAAGUGUUAGAGGAGGAGACAGACGGGUUUGUGAGCUUGCUCACCCAGAUGCUGUGCUACUGUCAGAAGUACGUGUCCCAGAAGAAAUCCAACCUGACCCACUGGCACCCUGUCCUCGGCUGGUUCUCCCAAUCUGUGGAUUAUGGCCUCAAUGAGUCAAUGUACUUGAUCACCAAACAGCUGCAGUUCCUGUGGGGAGUGCCUCUCAUCCGCACCUUCUUCAGUGACAUCCUGAGCAAGAAGCUGCUGGAGCACCAGGAGCCAGCCCCUGCACAGCCGGCAUCCCCACAGAAUGUGCUUCCAGUGAAGAGUCUCCUCAAGCGAGCAUUUCAGAAGUCUGCAUCGGUUCGGAAUAUUCUCAGGCCUGUCGGGGGUAAGCGCGUUGACUCUGCAGAGGUCCAGAAGGUUUGCGACAUCUGUGUCCUCUACCAGACCUCGCUGACAACUCUCACCCAGAUCCGCCUGCAGAUACUCACAGGUCUCACUUACCUUGAUGACCUGCUGCCCAAACUAUGGGCAUUUAUCUGUGAGCUGGGGCCCCACGGAGGCUUAAAGCUCUUCUUGGAAUGCCUGAACAAUGACACUGAAGAGUCCAAGCAGCUCUUGGCCAUGCUGAUGCUGUUCUGUGACUGUUCCCGGCACCUCAUCACGAUCCUUGAUGACAUUGAAGUGUAUGAAGAACAAAUUUCAUUCAAACUGGAAGAGCUGGUCACCAUAUCCUCUUUUCUGAAUUCCUUUGUGUUCAAGAUGAUCUGGGAUGGAAUCGUAGAGAAUGCCAAGGGUGAGACUUUGGAGCUGUUCCAGUCCGUCCAUGGGUGGCUAAUGGUGCUGUAUGAGCGGGACUGCCGGAGGCGCUUCGCCCCUGAGGACCACUGGCUGAGAAAGGAUCUCAAACCUAGUGUGCUCUUCCAAGAACUUGACAAGGACCGGAAGCGCGCCCAGUUGAUCCUGCAAUACAUCCCUCAUGUCAUUCCUCACAAAAACAGAGUUCUCCUAUUCCGAAACAUGGUUACCAAGGAGAAAGAAAAACUGGGGCUUGUGGAAACCAGCUCUGCUUCCCCUCAUGUCACUCACAUUACCAUCCGACGGUCCCGGAUGUUGGAGGAUGGUUAUGAGCAGCUGCGGCAGCUCUCCCAGCAUGCUAUGAAGGGUGUGAUCCGGGUGAAGUUCGUCAAUGACCUUGGAGUGGAUGAGGCGGGGAUUGAUCAGGACGGUGUGUUCAAGGAGUUCUUGGAAGAGAUGAUCAAGAGGGUGUUCGACCCAGCACUCAAUCUGUUCAAGACAACCAGUGGGGAUGAGCGGCUGUAUCCUUCGCCCACGUCCUACAUUCACGAGAAUUACCUGCAGCUCUUCGAGUUUGUGGGGAAGAUGCUGGGGAAGGCUGUGUAUGAGGGAAUUGUGGUGGAUGUGCCCUUCGCCUCCUUCUUCCUGAGCCAGCUGCUUGGGCACCACCACAGCAUCUUCUAUAGCUCCGUGGAUGAGCUUCCUUCUCUGGACUCAGAGUUCUAUAAAAACCUUACAUCCAUCAAGCGCUAUGACGGGGACAUUGCUGACCUGGGCCUGACACUGUCUUACGAUGAGGACGUCAUGGGUCAGCUUGUUUGCCAUGAGCUGAUUCCUGGAGGAAAGACCAUUCCUGUUACAAAUGAAAAUAAAAUUAGCUACAUCCACCUGAUGGCGCAUUUUCGAAUGCAUACGCAAAUAAAAAACCAGACAGCUGCCCUCAUUAGUGGAUUCCGUUCCAUCAUCAAACCCGAGUGGAUCCGAAUGUUCUCAACUCCUGAGCUGCAGCGUCUCAUCUCUGGUGACAACGCUGAGAUUGAUCUGGACGAUUUAAAGAAGCACACGGUGUACUAUGGUGGCUUUCAUGGGAGUCACAGAGUCAUCAUCUGGCUCUGGGAUAUUCUGGCCUCUGACUUCACACCUGAAGAGCGAGCCAUGUUUCUGAAGUUUGUGACCAGCUGCUCCAGGCCUCCACUCCUGGGAUUCGCCUACCUCAAGCCCCCAUUCUCCAUUCGCUGUGUGGAGGUGUCAGAUGAUCAGAAGCCUCUUCCCAGGAAGCCAGGCCCAUCUGCUGCCCAGAGAGGCCGUGGAGCACCAGAAGUUCAGGGUGCUGCUCCCACUGAGAAGCUGCACGUUCCGUGCUGCAGCCUCCCUUCUGAGCCCUCACUGGCUGAUCCUGUCCUAUGCAUCCACAUUGGUGCCCUGGUUCGGGAGAAGAGCUCACUGAUUCCAAGGAGCAGCUCCAGUUCUAGCUGCACUGACUGCUACCCAGAGCAGUGACUGCCUUUUUCUCGGCUCAUUGCCCUGCUCAUCUAUUGAGGAAACAAACACUAACUUGAGGUACCUACCCAUCUGGACUUCGUGAAUCUUGGGGCUUGCUGACUGGCCCUCAGCGCAGAACACCUGGGAGCCCUUUACACUGAGCAGCUCAGGAGGCCGAGGAGACCCACAUGUACCCCUCCCUGCCUCUGCAUUGGCUUGUGUUUGUUUCCUUUUACUCCUUUUCCCCUUCCAGCCUAUUGUGCUUCUCUGUCAUCUGUUUUCCCCUUUCAUGAAAGCUUUGUCCAGAUCCAGGGAAUUGAGGCAGGGGCCUUGUUAGUAGUCCUUGGUGACAGCCACCCUCCCCACUUCGUGCACCUCAUGUACCCCCACCCAGAUUGAAGCCAGAGAACCCGGGAGUGCCUGCUCCCUCCUCCACUCUGUGCCACAGACUUAGGGCUUACAGCCCUCUUCGAAGCCACACCUUCCAACAAGAGCCUUCCUGUUGGCACCAAAGCAAUCAAGAGCAGUCUACCACCCCCAUCAGAGGGCUUCAGCUGGAUCCAAGCGUGGGCCGGGCCAGAGCCCUUGGGCUUCUGAAAAAGAGUGUGUGAUUUACUGUGCUGGAAAGAAGACAAAUUUAAAGACAGGAAGUUAAUGUUAAGGUGUUUUAGUAACUCCUGCAUCUGUGGACUUGCCACAUUCUUUAAGCACUUGACUCCUUUAAACGUGUACAACCAUGGUGUACACAGACUGUACAUAGAUCCUGAGCCCUGGUAGCUCAUGGCCUGCACGAAGACUGAUCCCAUCUUGAUUUUUCUUUCCUGAGGGGGAGCCAGUUGGGGCCUUGUGGUGGGGGGGGGGGGGGGGUAUAAGCACCAAUAUCAACUUUACCUGUUUCUUUCCUUGACCAGGAGGGGUAGUUUGUAAUCACAGCAGCUGUGAUAUUGCACUAUCUAAAACACUGAGUCUGUGCUUUUAUAGCUGGUGUUCACUGACACCAUAAUGGCUUUUGAUGGCUCUAAAAAGUUGUGAGUUUUUUGUUUUUGUAGAUAACUUAUGAAUUGAGACAUGUCAGAGGCUUUAUUAAAUUUGUACUGAAGCACA